UAGCGUUGCGUGCGAAAUUGGCGAGACGUCUGCUGACAACCAAUGGCUGUGAAGUAAGGAUUUUUCUGGUAAAGAAGAUGCGCGAAACGGACGAGUUUUCGUUCGUUGAAAUUCUCUUCUUUAAUUGAAUCGAGUGUAGAAUGAUGCAAAUAACGCAAAUAGCUCGCUCCACGAACGGCAACCGAGAAAUAAAGAUAUAGAACGAUGCUUCAAAACAUUUGCGGUGAGGUUUUGACCGCACGUCGCAUCAUGGUUGUGAUGCUAGUGUGCUCCGUACCUUCGCAUGUAAACAAUUUGAAAUAAUUGCUUGAAGAAUUAUUGAAUUGAAAAGAUGAUAGACGCUACCGACAAGAAAUUACUGUAUAACACCGUACUAUCGCAGACGUUUUCACCCGAUGGAAAUUAUCUUUUGGCUGGCAAUAUUUAUGGAGAUGUUUCAGUAUUUGAUCUGGUUAAGACUUUAGGACCUAACAAAAUAGAAGAAAAUGAGUUGCAAGGACCUAAUUAUCGAUUUGUUGCACAUCUCGAUCAGGAAGUCGCAUGCAUGGUCACUACGGAUGAUUUUCUUGUGACAGGAACACGUGGUGAAAUAUCAGGAUGGGAUUGGAAAAUAAUUACUUCUAGUAAAGCACCUAAUUGUAAAGUUUCUUGGAACAUACAAAUACCUGCUAAUAAAGAUAGUUACGAUAAGCCAGAUGUAAAUUACAUGGCAUAUUCAAAAGCAAAUCAUUUACUUUACGCUGGAUGUGGGGAUAACAAUAUAUAUAUUAUAAACUUGGAAGAUGGAAAGAUUGUACGAAGUAUGCAGGGACAUACAGAUUACAUACAUUGUCUAGCAAUAAUGGAUAAUCAGCUUGCAUCUUGCAGCGAGGACGGUUCUGUGAGAUUGUGGGAUUUGCGCAAAAAGGAAAACACUAAUAUAUUAACUCCACAUUUGGUGGAUAAAGUAGCCAGACCACGGUUGGGAAAAUGGAUUGGCGCUAUCGAUUUCACCGAGGAUUGGUUGUUGUGCGGUGGCGGACCCAGCCUAUCGCUGUGGCACAUGCGAACGAUGGAAGCGGCGACAGUUUUCGAUUUGGCUGAUCAGGGAAUCUACGUGGCAGAGAUUUACGAGGAACGCGUGAUUGCCGGUGGUGCAGCAACUCACAUUCAUCACAUGACGUAUCAGGGCGAAGUCCUCGCCAAGGUACCCAUCUCCAGCCUCACCGUGUACAGCGUAGUGCACCAGGAAACACCACAUAAGAUACUUAGCGCGGCUGGUUCCUCAAAUUGCAUUGACAUCAGUACAAACUUCAAUUAUCGCGAGAUGAUGCUCAAAUUUGCGUAAUUUACUCUUAUUAGAGGUAUAUAAUCAUGUAUUUGUGCAAAAAGUAAGAUAUUGUAAUUUACGGAAAAAGUUGCGUUUUUUUAAAUAUACAAACUUAAAUAUAAUAAAAAAAACCUUAAUUUUAAAAAAUAAAUAUAUUAAUUUUA